AUGAGGGUCUUGGGGGAUAAAUCGCCCCUUUGGAGGGCUCAGGGUUUGGAUUCGGCGCAGGAAUCCGAUGAUGAGUACAUCCCCACAAGGGACACCGAAUCAAGCUACCGUUCGGAAGCUCCCCCGGAGUAUUCGAAGGCGAGAUCACCAAGUCCGAGGAAAACUUCCAAAGACUUUGGUUCCGAGGACGUCCCCAGCCGAGACCCCACCAUCCGAUUACUUUUCCAAAGAAUCCAGAAGAUGGAGGAGGACCGAACCCGAUCCCAGGUCCCUGACUGGGGAAAACUUCGGCCGGGACCAUUUACCGAGCGCAUCAAAAGGUCCAGACCGGACAGGGAGGUGCAGCCGCUGCGCAUACCCUUCUAUACCGGUGUGGAGGACCCUCUGACGCACCUCCACUCCUUCCAAUCGGCAGUUGGGUGUAAGGGCCUCAGCGACGAGGGACAAUGUCUGCUGUUUCCCUCGUCCCUUACCGGAGCUGCGCUGAACUGGUUCUACCGUCUCGAGCCAGGGACGGUACACUCCUUUGACGAACUAAAGCAGAUUUUCCUCAACCACUUCAUGAUCCAGACGGACCGUUUGUACUCUGCCGACGAUCUGUACACGAUUCGGCAAAGGGAGGACGAACCCCUACGGGAAUACGCAGCGCGCUUCAGUCACGAGUACUCGAGGUGUCCCGAAACGGACGAUAGGGCAGCCUACGGCGCCUUCAAGAGUGGCCUACGGUCCUCUCACUUCCGGUACCUCGUGCACAGUAGCAACUGGCGCACGUAUGACGAAUUAAUGAAGCAGGCGGCAGUCCAUGCGAAGGCCGAAUACUUCAACUCCAAACCCGGGCCUUCGGCUCGGAAGGAGGAAUCGGCCGCCAAAAGUUAUCCAGGCCGAACCGACGACCCGUCGGCAGGACACAAACGGAAGGACGACCGGGAUAGUCGCCAGGGAAACUCAAAGAAGGGACGUGGGAAGUACGGUCGUAACGACCAACGGGCACCCCUACCGAAUCACGAUCGUGCUCAGGAAGUCUUCACCCUGCUGAACACGACGUACGAAACCGUUCUAAUGAACGAACAUGACCAGAUCCCGAAGCCGACCAACCGGAAGCCCAAUCGGCAGGAUAAUCGGGACACUGGCAAAUUCUGCCGAUAUCACCAGCAGAACAGCCACAAUACCGAAGACUGCAUCAGUCUGAGGAAAAUUGUCGAGCGCCUGAUUCGGGAAGGAAAGUUGGAUCAGUACCUCGCCAGGCCAACUCAGGUCCCCCGCACCGAACGCGAAUCGGCAUAUCAACAUGAUCAGCACGAUCAGUGGUGGCCCCACUCUGGCGGGACCCUCUAA